AUUCUGGUAUAGACGUUUUGUUACUUGUAUUUCUUCCACGAAUAUUGUGGAAGAACUUAUUUAUUAAAAUUUGGCCAAAAUUCCAAAUUACCCGUGGAAUUAAUAGUACAAAAUGACCAUUACGAACGACGUCGUUCUACCUGAAGAGUCUGAAUUGACUGUACAAGAAGUAAACCUAUCUACACCAACAUUAAUAGCAGGGUCUUUCCAUUUAGGAAAAUAUUGUGAACAAGUUAAUAAUGAAUACAUGCUCUGCCGCUCUGAGGAGAAGGACCCCAGGAAGUGCAUCAAUGAGGGCAAAGCCGUCACCGCGUGCACGCUGGAGUUCUUCCGGAAGGUCAAGGGCUCGUGUCUUGCCGAGUUCAACCAGUACACGCACUGCAUUGAUAAGAGUUCGGGAGACAUGAGUCUGGAGUUCUGCCGCAAAACUCAAGGUGUGUUUGAUAAAUGCAUGCUGGAGAAACUCAAUCUGCCUCGCCCCUCGUUUGGUUACUUCACUGAGGCGAGGAUCCAUGACACCAAGAGACCGAAGCCCCUCGAGGAGCCAAAAGCCGUGUAUCCAGACGCGACUCCAGGUUUGCCGGAAAACUACGAGAAAAAAAGCGCGCGAUAUGGCGGUCGUUUCUAUUGGAUGACAGAUUAAAUUGGGUUUUCCAAGUACAUUUGUUUGGCAUUGAAUUUCGUGUUUUUUAUUGCAAUAUGUAUUUUGUAAAUUAAAUUUGGAAUCAACGCGCAUACAGCUAUCCUUUUUUAUAUAUUUUGUUUAGAUGGUUGAAAAUUCCCUUUUAAUUGUUAAAUUUCUAUAUUAUUUUAUCUGUGCGGAAAAUGUCAAAAGUUAUGUCAUGCAAGUGUACUCUGGUGAGAACAUAUAUAAAUAUUGUUUCGUUCUUAUCACACAUAUGUAAGAACUAAAUUGUUAGAAUGGGACAAAGCGAUAACGCUUAUGCAUACCCUCUAUAGAAAUUUCCUUCCUUUAAAGUAAGACAUUAGGGCAUUUUACUAUUACAUUCAUAGUCAAUUUUAAAAUUAUUGUUUUACGCUACUGCCUUAUUGAGUUUUCUAAUGUUUUACUUUAAUCAUGUUUCACUAUAGAUAUUUAAAGUGUAGGUAAUAAAAUGUUGAAAUUGA